CCAGAUCCAACCUCCUAAAAUGAUCGACCCCUCUUGAAGAGAACAGAAGCGAAAGUUUAACACAGACAGGCACAUUCGCUGUCUUGAGUGUUCCGAACCGUGACAGCAAACCCAGACACCAGGAGACGUUUUACGCUUUCUUCAUCUCUCAGCCCACGGACACGAACUCUUAAAAUCUUAACCCGAGAAUGAUUCAAAGUCUGGACUUAGUGUUUGUGUGCUGCCUUUUCCUGAGAGUCGAACCUCUAAUAGGUACAAUUUCCCCACCAACUAAUCUGUCCCUCACGUGGACCAGUGAUUUUAAUCUCAAGUUGUCCUGGGCACCACCAUCACAUCCAAUGGAUCACUGCCGCUAUGAAGUGAAGACAAAAAGCAAUGUAAAAUGGAGUGAAGAUACUACCAUUACCAACCAAACUUCAUUGACACGUUUCAGAGUGUUGGAAGGUGGACUCCUACACUUGUCUGUCCGAACUGUUUGUGGUGAGAAUAGGAGUAACUGGGUUUCCAACAAAACCCCUGAAACAGCUCUGGUGAAAGAUUUGCAGUGCUUCAUCCACUCCUCAAAACUUACUCGCUGCUCCUGGCUCAAUGCCACUAAAGCUUCAGAUUUCCACUUUUUUUAUCGGUUAGAGGAUCUUAGUUCAAAUGAAUCUUACAACAACAAAUCUAAAACCAUCACACAAGAGUGCCAACCAUACAAAGACCCUGGCGGCAUCAGAACAGGUUGUGACCUGCUGGCAAAAACCACCCAGUCAAUGAUCAUCAUCAUCACUGGAACGCUGGACAGCAAGCCUUUCAGGAACACCUUCAGUAGAAAACUUCAUGUGAAACCUCCUGCCCUUACCUGGACGGUCACCAAAACUAAGAAAGAAUUUAUUAUAAAGUGGAUUCCUCCUGAAGUCCUAGAUUUGUCUGAUUGGAAGUUUGUGGUGAAUUACACGGAGUGCAAUGAGCUAAAGCCGGAGAAAGAGAUACCAGGAGAGACAUCUCUGAAGCUGCCCAUGGUCUCUCGCUGUCAGUACCAGAUGUCUAUCAGAGCAGUGGCUGAUGGCCGAGGAGAGACACCAUGGACUGAAGAGAAGUAUUUUGAUGCGGACACAGAUCCUUACAGAAUGAUUUAUGCUGCAGUUAUCAUCCCAUUGAUAUUUGCUGGCCUGGCAGCCUUUGCCUUUGUGUUCUGUAGGAAGAAUAAGGAACACAUUUUCCCUGAAAUACCUGAGCCUAAGUUCCUUAUCACUGAUAUAUACAACAACAACAACAACAAGAUACACAACCUGUGUAUCCCUGAAGAGGAAGAAGACAACUGUGAAAUCACUCUAGUGGUGGACCCCCAAACAGACAAACUCUACAACUGACAAAUCUCUUAUACGUCAGGGGAGAGGAACUCAAACAGUGGCAGCUACAGAAACUUCUGCACUCGGUUUUCCCCACACCACUGCUGCUGAACUCAAACUUCACAAAGCUAGUAUUUGGUUAGAAGAAUGCAGACGUUAGUUACACUGAAUCUUUUGAUGUAUUAAAAAAAAACAACAACACUAUGCACUAUGGGGCUUCAGGAACUAAUUAUGCAAGAACCUUGAGACACACUUUGUUGUCAUGGGCCCAGCGGCUCAGUGGAAGGAGAUCAGCAAUAUAGUGCAAUAAGAGAACUGUAUCAUCUAUAUGACCCUAGAAUCCCUGAUGCAACUUCUGUUUUGAGAAGGAAAAAAAAGUUACAUCUACUUUCAUGAAUAAUUGUUUUAGCAGUAAAAAAAAAUCUGUCCUCAUUUUUCCCAAUUGUUUCAGCCAGAGCUCUGGUCUAUGUUUCUGAUACAGAUAGUUUACAGGCAAUAGUUCACUGAACCCUGCUGAUCUACUUUAGUUUGCUGGUUUAACUAUUGAUAACUCAGCAGCUUGCUGGUCAUACAAUUAGAAAAGGUUGGUUGUACAUAAAACCUCCUUUCCUAAUGCCUUGAUUCUGAAUGAUAAAGCGGCCAAAGAGGGAUAUUUUGUCGUCUACUGCUGUCCCCCUUUGUUUAAUUCAUGAUUAGCAGGGCCCAUGCAGUUAUUAACAACCAAUCAAUCAAUCUUUAUUUGUAUAGCGCCAAAUCACAACAAACAUUAUCUCAAGACACUUUUAUAAACAGAGCAGGUCUAGACCACUCUGAGUCUUAUCCUGUCUUGAUGUUGGAUCUCUGAUCAUAAUUUGACAUAGUCUUACCCCACCUUAAUCGAGGACAAACUUCCUUUAACAGGUAGAAACAUCCAGCAGGACCAGACUCAUGUUAGACAGCCAUCUGUCUCGACCGAGUUGGGUCUGGAAACAGGGAUAGAGGAGAAUAAGAGAGAAGGAGUGGUGAUAGUGAUAAGAUGAGUAGUAGUAGCUGUUGCCAGCACGUCCGUAUCAGCUGGAGUCCGGAACGUCCACAGCUGGAGGACGUCUACGGUAGCUCAGAGGAACCUACGAGACAAGGGAGCUCAGGGACUCCAGAAAGGUCUAUGGUUAGUAACUUUAAAGGGACAGGGAGAGUUAAAGUAAGUGAUGGGGGGGUUGGGGGGAAGGGGGUGAGAUAGGAUCCCAGUGUGUCAGUGCACCAGUUCCCCUAACAGUCUAAGCCUAUAGCAGCAUAACUAAGAGCUGGUCCAAGCCUGAUCCAGCUCUAACUAUAAGCUUUAUCAAAAAGGAAAGUUUGAAGCCUACUCAUAAAAGUAGAGAGGGUGUCUGCCUCCCGAACCCUGACUGGUAAAUGAUUCCAAAGGAGAGGGGCCUGAUAAGUGAAGGUUCUACCUCCCAUACUACUUUUACGGAAUGUAAGCAAACAUGCUGCACUGUGAGAUAAGAGAUUAUAUUAGAUUUAUGAUAUACUGAAGAAUAUUUAUUUUCUGUAUAAUUGUGAAAAUUGAUUUUUUUAAAGUUUUUUAAAACUUUGCUCUUUGGUUUAAAUUAGUGGUUUGGAAGAAGACCAACAAUGAGUUUGAAUUUAAAUAUCUCACACUUCAAGCUAGGUUUGUGUUCCUCAUUCCAUAAUGUUAAAUAGAGAAUAUUUUCCCUAAUGAUCUGAUUGCUUCUUUUGAAAUUUUAUUUUCUAAAUGCUUUUUGAUUUGAUGAUUUUCUGAUGAAUAAAUAACGGUUACUUUUUUGCACUCAA